AUAUGCUGGACUUCGUGUUUGCUGUUGAUGAUGUUGUGACCUGGCAUAUGACAAACUUGUCAAAGAACAGGAGUCAUUAUUCCUUCCUUAAAUUCUUUGGGCCCAAAAACAUAAGUGCCAUACAGGGAUAUGGAGCAGGGAUUUACUACAACACCUUAGUGCCAUGCAAUGGCAGGAUGAUAAAGUAUGGAGUGAUUAGCACUGAUGCCCUGAUUGAGGAUCUGUUUCACUGGAACACUCUCUAUGUGGCCGGGCGCCUGCAGAAGCCGGUGAAAAUCCUGGCCCAGAAUGAGAACAGCAAGCUGCAGGCUGCUCUUGUCAGCAACCUGAAGAGUGCAGUGCUGGCAUCCUUCCUCAUGCUGCCAGAGAGCUUCUCUGAAGAGGACCUUUUCCUGCAGAUUGCUGGCCUCUCCUACUCUGGUGAUUUCAGGAUGAUAAUAGGAGAAGACAGAUUCAAAGUGCACAACAUAGUGCAGCCCAACAUUGCCCAUUUCCAGAAGCUGUACAGUUCCAUACUGCAGGGCUGCCCUCAAGUGGUGUACAAGCACCAGCAGGGGAAGCUUGAGAUUGAUAAAAGUCCAGAAGGUCAGUUUACACAACUCAUGGCUUUGCCAAAGACUCUGCAACAACAGAUAACUGCUCUGGUAAACCCUCCUGGAAAGAACAGAGACGUGGAAGAAAUUUUACUGCAAGUUGCCCAUGACCCUGACUGUGGAUAUCUGGUGCAUCAAGGCAUUUCAGCGAUUGUGAGAUCCUCCAGUAUAGUGCAGAGUGCUAAAACCAUCCUGACAGCUGGGGCAAAGAAAUCUGUGAUCUACAGUUUGAAGAAAUUAUAUAAGAUGGCAAAGGGAGAGUUAAAGAAGCCAUCCUGAGUCUGUACAUACUGUGUAUGGGUAAAUAAAUGGUACUUUUUCUCUAAAUGUUUUGCAGAUGUGACUUUGCAUACUUGAGAAGAUUCCAGUGUAUUUAAAAAGUCUGUUCUGAUGAUUUACAUGCCCAAUUUUCUUAAUGAAAUUGGAACUUUUUUAAUGGGAAGUUUGUUGGCAACAGGGCAAAGGAAUUACACUCUGUAAAUACUGAAAUGAGUUUUCCUGUGGAUUUUGAAGAAUCCUAAGUAAAAAAAAAGAUUGAUUGAAUAGAUGGAUUAAAACCCAAAGUGAUUCAUUUUCUAUGUGGUGAUAGCUUUACUUCCCAUAAUGCCCUCAGAGUCUCAAAAUUAUCAAUAUCCCAAAUUUAGUUAUUUUAGGGAUUUCCAAACUGGAAAAUCCAUUGAGAUUUCAGUAGAGAUUUCUGACAUUCCUGCCUUGACAGGUUCAUCCUUGGAAUUCCUCUGAGGAUGCUCCCUGUGGUAUCUGGAAUCUCAAAAUCUGCCCCAGUGUGGGAGAGGGAAAAGAGCAGCUUGGCAGGUGUCACAUCCUUUAGUAAGGAUAUUUAAUAAUAUUAAUUAAUAAGGAUAUUUAAUAAUAAUAAAUCUGUGUGUUCCUUUUGUGAGGCUGAAAUAGGAAGUGCCCAAUUCAUGGGCAUUGUCACAAGGGCCAGAGUUGGAAGGAAAAUCAGAAUUCCAUGGAUCUCUUUGGGCAGAUUUAGCCAGUAUUUAUGGUUUUGCAGAAGAUUUCAUCAAAACACUUGAAAAUUUGGAAUAUUAUGAACAAAAGCACAGCUUGGUUAAUUCUUUGAUUAUUUUUUUUCCCCUUAAAAUGCUGCCCACAAAGAUGAAACUUGAACUCCCUUUAAAUGAGCUAAACCAAAGAGAAUUGGAAUUUUACAUGAGUUGUUGCAUUAAUCAUGCCAUGGAAGAAUGGACAUGUCUGGUGCAGUAAACUGGGAGGAUCUUUUAUAAAUAGAAUAUUUUUCACACUGACUCAGGUGGGUUUGCUAAUUUGGGAAAUUUUCCUUAAUAGAAAUAAACUCAGGUAAGGUUUCAUUUUCCUUGUGAGACUGUCAAUGAUGAAAAUAAUUUAAUGGUUAAAAAAAGGAAAUAAAAUGUAUCUUUUCUGAUCAGCAUGUUUGGGUUUUUUCCUUGUGUAUUAUGUGAUCAUCAGGGCCAUCUCUCAAGCUACAUUUGAUUUAAUGAUCUCACUUUAAAAAAUACAUUAUUUCAGUGAAGCUGUCUGCUAAUUGUUUCCAGGGAGAAUUUCAGAGCAUAAAUUUGAGAAAGACAAUAAAAAAUAAAUUGUUGUAUGGAAUGGGACUCAUACAGACUUGCUUUAAUCACAGGGAAACUUUUAAGUAUUGAUUAUUUUUAAAUAUUUGAGUUUGAAAUUUUAAUCCACCCUCAGGAAAUAAUUACUCUGAAAUAGGAAAUAAAUGACUGGGAAAUUUUCUAAGGUUAGAGGCAGAUUCAUCACACUUUGCAUUAUCCAUUGGUGAUAGAAUGUGUGUAACAAAUCCCCUCAAAUGUCCCUUUGCUGAUGGCACAACCUUUUUAUGGGGGCAAAAAAUGUUUGUAUGGCCCUGGCAUUCUCUGGCCCUAUUAGUAAGAGGCCACAGUCCCCAGUUUGAAAAGUUUAUUUUAUAAAAAAUGGAACCAGGGGAUUUAAGCCACUUCCAGGAAAAUCUGGAAUUUUUUAAUGCUGAAAUGCAGUUGCUAGCAUUUCAAAGCAGCUUUCUUUUAAAAGGCCUUUGGAAUACAGUUAAAGAGAAUGUUCUGGAUGCUAAAGCCACACUUAAAAGUGGGAUUUGGUGUUUCUGAGGCUGCUGGAAUGGUGGCUCAGUGUUUGGAAUAUAUCUGCUGUUUGAGAAUAGAAAACAAACUUCCUUUAGCUUAUUUUGUUAAUUAUGUUAGCACACCUGAGUUUUGGUUAAGCCUUAUAGUACAUAGAAUUCUUUUUUAUAUCUAUUGUAUAGCAUAUCUUGUGAUUGGUGGUAGUCUUUUUGGUUUGUUUCCCUGGCUUGGAUCCCUUGUGGGAGAGGGGCCUUGCUAGCUGAGAAUAUUGCUUGUGGUGGUGUAAUGAUUGUUAGAAUUGCCUAUUUUUGUGUUGCAAGGAGUGUGACAAUUGGCCCAUAGAACUUUUCUUU